AUGGAAAAUAAAAUUGAAGAAUUAGAAAAGAAACUUGAAGAAUUAUGCUUAAAAAUAAAAUUAAUUGAAGAAAGAUUAGAUCGUAAAAAAGAUAAAAAUCCUUAUGGACCUGAAUUUAAAGCAUUAGCAUUAGAAAAAGCACUAGAAAAAACUUUACAUAAAGCUAAACAGAAAGAUUCUAAUUGUAUUAUAACUGCUGAUCUAAAAAAAUAUGGGUAUAAACAAGGUAAUAAAGUUGACUUUGCUGCAAGUAAUAAUAGACUUGAUUGGAUAAAACAAUUAAUUGAACUUGGAUAUAAAGUAACUACAAAUGCAGUUGCUUAUGCUGCUACAAAUGGACAUCUUGAAGUAAUUAAAUAUUUACAUGAAUUAGGGUAUAAAGGUACAGAAUAUGCUAUUAAUAAUGCUGCAAAAAAUGGUCAUCUUGAAGUAAUUAAAUAUUUACAUGAAUUAGAGUAUAAAGGAACAAAAGAUGCAAUAGAUAAUGCUGCUACAAAUGGGCAUCUUGAAGUUAUUAAAUAUUUACAUGAAUUAGGGUAUAAAGGAACAGAAUAUGCAAUAAAUAAAGCUGCUCGAAAUGGGUAUAAAGGUGAUGAUUAUGCAAUUAAUUAUGCUGCAAGAAAGAAUCACAUUGAAGUAUUUAAAUAUUUACGUUCUGUUGGAUAUGAUGAGACUACUAUAUUUAAGUAA